CAAAAGGAGUGUGAUUUAGGCGACACCCUCUUGUUCCCCGAAAGCAAAGAAAGAAUGUUGAGAGCUUACAGUAACCUAGCUUCUCCGGCAAUCAGCAUCUGCGCUCUUAGAGUCUCACUUUGUCCCACACUCUCAUCUUCAUCUUCAUUUAGGAGAAUCUCCACUGCACCACUUCCCCUUUUCUCCCAAACCCUAAUCUCAUCACCAUCUUCUUCUUCUUCUUCUUCUUCUUCUUCUUCUGCUUUCAAACGCCUCAUGGACCAUUCUUCUCCCAGAGCCUCAGCAUCAUAUAGUACUGUGAGUAGUAAUGAUGUCGGUAGAGAACUAUUGGUGCAACACUUGCUCGUGAAAGAAGAGGAUAAAGAUCUUCUGUUUGAGCUGCAGAAAAGACUUGUACGAGGGGAGGAUUUAAGUGAUUUGGCAGUGGAAUAUUCAGUUUGUCCAUCCAAGGAGGAUGGUGGUAUGCUUGGUUGGGUGAGAAAGGGACAAAUGGUGCCGGAGUUUGAGGAAGCUGCAUUUACCGCCCCAUUAAACAAAGUUGUUAAAUGUAAAACUCAAUUCGGUUGGCAUUUAUUGCAAGUCUUAUCAGAGAGGGAAGAAUCAGUACUUGCAGACAUUCAACCAGAAGAGCUUCAUGCAAAGUUGCAAGAUCCUGAUUUUCGUGAAGAAGCUCAAUUUGUCGAUGUUCGAGAACCACAUGAAGUGGAGAGAGCUUCUUUAUCGGGAUUUCAAGUUCUUCCUCUGCAACAGUUUGGAAGCUGGGGACCAGAAAUCACUACAAAGUUGGAUCCUCAGAAGGAUACUUAUGUCCUGUGUCACCACGGAAUGCGGUCACUGCAAGUUGCGAAAUGGUUGCAGACACAGGGGUUUAGAAAAAUAUACAACAUUGCUGGGGGAAUCCAUGCAUAUGCAGUCAAGGCUGAUCCAUCCAUACCCACAUACUGAAUUGCAUUUCAAGUAGUUUGUUGAGUCAUAUAGACCUAUUUUCCUGGCAAACCAAAUGGAUAUCAAGUGAAAAAGGAUUUCCCCUUUUAGGAGAAUCACUCUUUGCAAAAGGAGUGUAUAUGAUUUGAGGACACAAUGCAUACAAUUGCGUAACUCGUUUAUCUUUAUUUUAAUUUAUUGAAAUUUGGGUAUUCUCUCACUUUUAGGGUCUGUUUGGCAUGAGGUAAUGGAAUUGACGAGUGAAUGGAAUGUGCGAUGGAUUGAAAUGGAUCUUUACCAUUUCCGUUA